ACAAAAAAAUACCCUCAUCAUCUUUUGAGAAAGCCCAUCAGACAGAUCUACAUGUAUUGGAUUUGAUUCAACCAGUGUGUUGUUACCCUCAUGAGACAAAAUAGGUGUGGUCAACAUUCCAUUUCUUUGACACCACCACUUCUCAAUCAUUGUCAUGGCUGUAUUAAGACUCAUAUGGCUGGUGAUUUGUGCAGUAUCAAUCCUUUUCAGAUCUGAAGCCACAAAAUGUGAAGAUGCAAAGAUCUACCCCGGAAAGCUCUUCGGACCGUCUAAUGUGGCUGUAGGAGGAAAUGUAACCUUGAAGUGUUCUACUGCUGGCAACAUAAGCUGUGAAAUGGUUAAUGUUUACCUUUGUAAGAAUGGACUUGGGAUAGAAAUCUCUGCAGCACUGCAGAAAGGCGUAAAGGACUUUGUUUUCAAAAUCAACAAAGUUCAAAAACAAGACUCAGGCAACUACAGCUGUGUGUACAGCCAAAGUAAAAUCCAUCCCAGUCAAGUGAAUUCAACAGGAGAUAAUCUCGUCCUCCGGGUGUUUGGAGAUGAAGGUGGUGAAGCAUCAAGUAAAACACCAGUGUCUACACCACCAGAGAAUGAGGGAGCAGGAGGAAUUCUAGGAGUUAAGAUUGCAGUAGCCGUGAUCCUCCUAAUUUUGUCCCUUUCUAUCCUGGUUUUAAUGUGGAGGUACUCAGGGAUGCUCAACCAAUUGAUACGCGGUAACCGUAGACCAAGUGAGAUUCUGGAUACAGAUCACAUCUACAAUGUAAUAAAUGUUGUACCAGCUGCUGCAAUUAGAGACGUCCCUGAUGAUGGUGCAGAAAUAGCCUAUUCAGUGAUAGAUUAUCCCAGAGGAGUGAUUCUCUCAGGUACACAAAGGUCUCCAGUGGGUCAUACAGUGGAAAGACCAGAACAACACGGUGAAACCGUAGCCUAUACCCAAGUGAUCAAGACAAAGAAUAAGGACAUAAAACAGGAGGCUGUGUGCAGUUCGUUGACAAAAACAUAAACAGAGGACCCAUGCUACUGUUUAUACAAAAAUACAUGGAAUAACAUAAAAAGACAUGGUUUUAAUCUGAUCUUUUGGUCAAAGUUGUUAACAUAGAGGUAUGGAUACAAUUGUUCCCUCUAUUUUGUUAAAAGCAUAUAUUUAUGGUUUGGAUUUUAUUGUUUUAUUUUGCAUUUCAUUUACAAUAAAAACUAUGUGUAUUAUUUUUA